ACAUAACGACCUCUUCCGUUCUCUCUCUCCCUAGCACCACAACAUCACAGACAGACACACUCUCUCUCUCUCUCUCUCUCUGGUCUUCUUGUCUCGAGGUCACUCCCAAAGUCUCCAAUUAUUUAUAUAUUUUUUAGUUAUUUUAUAGGUAAUUUUAUGCUCUCCUCUCUUUUCAGAAGGCGAUUGUAGUCUGUGGAACACUCAGAGAAUCAGGGAGAGAAAAAGAGAGAAAGAGAAAGAGAAAGGAGAGAGAGAGAGAGAGAGAGAGAGAGGAACCCCGAGAGGGGCUUAGAAGAAUUCAAGAAGCUUUCAAUCAAGACAGAAGGAAAACGAUGUCUGAAAACUUCGCACCCUUUCGGUCCCUGCAACUCUAACAGCGGCAGACCCAGAAAACUUCCGGGUUGGCGAAGACGAAGAAAGAGAUGAUGAUGAUGAUGAUGAUGAUGUUGCAGAAGAAGAAGAAGAAAAUACUGAUAUGGGAGUAGCAACAGCACCACCACCUUCUCUGACUCACUCCAAGAAUCAUAACAACAGCGAGUUGGCCUCAGGCAGUGAAACUUGUGUGAAUUCUAUGUCCCAAGGCUUCCACCAAGGGAUCUUUAGCUUCUCUAAUGGAUUUGACAGAUCAACAAUAUCACCUCACCACCACCACCACCAACCACCACACAUCGCACAGCAGAGCCGGAGGGAUAAACUAAGGGUCCAAGGGUUCGACCCACCACCACCACCACUGCCAUUGGUGGGUAUCGAAGAGGAAGUAUCUGGUGAGCUUCCAGGUUACGAAACUGCCGGUAUGUUGUCGGAGAUGUUCAAUUUCCCUUCUGGGACAGCUACCGCAGCCGACCUCUUGGAAAAUCAGAUCGCGUCUAGUUACCGUCUGUCACGACCAUCACCGGUAACCAACGAGUGGUACGGAAAUAGACAAGUAGGGGGGUUGGGUCCUUUGGGAGAUGGGAAACAUCACCAUCACCAUCACCAUCACCAGCCGAACAGCAACGACCGUCACAGCAACAGCAGCAGCAGCAGCAUAGUUCCUCAGCAGAUUCCGGGCAUUAAUGCCGAUUCAGCUGCAGCCAUGCAUCUUUUCCUCAUGAAUCCACAGCCGAGGUCACCUUCUCCUCCUCACCCAAACCCGUCUAAUACUAGUAAUCCUCAUCACGUGCAAGGCUUCCAAUCCGCCGGUGUUGCAGCAGCUGCAGCAUCUGCUUUCGGUGACAACCCAAUUCAUCACUCCCAGUUCACAUGGGUCCCCGGCGGCAGCGCCGGAGGAGAUAAUAACAGUAACAAAAUCGGAGGGGUUGUGGAGAGCCAAGGGCUAUCAUUGUCGCUAUCAUCGUUGCAGCACUUGGAAACGGCAAAAGCCGAGGAAUUGAGAAUUGGGGAUGGUGGGGUGAUGUACUACGGUUUAGGAAACGGAGGUUCUACAGCGGCCGCGGCGGCAUCGUACCCAUCGAUGAAGAAUUUGAGGAACCAUAAUCCUCCUCCUCAUCAUCAGCAUCCUCAGGAUAUACAUGUUGGGUUUGGGUCGUCGUCUUUAGGGGUUGUUAAUGUUUUGAGAAUUUCCAAGUAUUCGAAGCCUGCCCGUGAGUUGCUUGAAGAGUUCUGCAGUGUUGGGAGGGGACAGUUCAAGAUGAAGAAGCAUUCUUCUACCUCUAACCCUAAUCCUAAUCAAGGCAACGGCACUGGUACUGGUGGUGCUGGUGGCUCUUCUCCAUCUUCUUCAAAGGACAUUUCUCCUUUAUCUUCUUCUGAUAGAAUUGAAUACCAACGGAGGAAGGUCAAGCUAUUAUCCAUGAUUGAUGAGGUUGACAGGAGAUACAACCAUUACUGUGAGCAAAUGCAAAUGGUGGUUAACUCGUUCGACUCGGUGAUGGGAUUCGGUGCAGCAACUCCUUACACGGCGUUAGCACAGAAGGCAAUGUCACGCCAUUUCAGAUGCCUUAAGGACGCCAUAGCUGCACAGUUGAAGCAAACAUGUGAGCUUCUGGGAGAGAAAGAUGGGGCAACGGCUUCUGGAGUGACUAAAGGAGAGACACCAAGGCUUCGAAUGCUGGAAGAAAGCCUAAGGCAGCAAAGAGCCUUUCACCAGAUGGGAAUUAUGGAACAAGAAGCUUGGAGACCUCAGAGAGGCUUGCCUGAACGUUCCGUCAACAUUCUUAGAGCCUGGCUUUUCGAGCAUUUCCUUCACCCGUACCCGAGCGAUACAGACAAGCAUUUGUUGGCUCGACAGACUGGUUUAUCGAGAAACCAGGUAUCAAACUGGUUCAUUAAUGCAAGGGUUCGGUUGUGGAAACCCAUGGUGGAAGAGAUGUAUCAGAAAGAGGCCAAAGAGGAAGCAGAAGAGAGAGAUGGAGAUGAAAGAGAGAUAAGCCCACUAGGACAAAGCAGCAGCUCUGCACAAACACCGACACCUACAACAGCGACAGCUGCAUCAGCAACAACACCGGUGGUAGUACCAGUACCACCACCACCAACAGCAGCAACUACUACAUCAUCAUCUAAAACUAUUUCUACCACAGCACAAGGCAAAAGAUCUGAAAUCAAUGCCCACGACAAUGACCCCUCACUCAAUGCAAUCAAUAGACAAUGCUUUGGCACCACCACCACCACUACCACCACCUUCACCGGCGAUGUGCUUCAGCGUUUUCCGGCAACCCACGUACUUGAUGACACAUGUAGACAGAAUGGUCAUAGCGGCAUCUUGGCUGCUGCUGACUAUGGGACCACAGCAGUUGGUACAAAUAUGGGGCCAACACUAUUAAGGUUUGGGACCACCACCACCACCACAACCACCGGCGAUGUGUCGCUUACGCUUGGGCUUCGACACGCCGGUAAUUUGCCGGAGCAGAGCCCGUUUGCCGUUAGAGAUUUUGGAGGAUGUUGAAAAUUUGGUUUACUGCUACUACAUUAUUUCAUUACCCCCUCCAGAAAAAAAAAAAAAAAAAAAAAAAAUGAAACAAGGGAAAAGAAAAAAAUAAAAGGAAAAUUCUCUCUUUUCUUUCCUUUUUUCCUUUAAUUUUCCUCUUUGGUUGUUCCUUCUUAUGAUGUUUUAAGUACAUAAAAAUGAAGGAGAAGUAAGCUAACUGUUAGGGAUCUAUUUAAUUUGUAUAGUAGAUUGUUUAUAAAACUAAGGUUUUGUACCUUGAUAAAAAAGUUUCUAACUUGUUGAGGAAAACUUCAUAACCUUCA